AGCCGGGGCAUUUUGCUCAGAUUGCUCUCGGGGCAAACACAAAACACACACACACACACACACUUUGCGAGUGUGUUUCUUCUCGGAACGUUUACUUUGUGAUAUCUCUGAGCUUCGUGUCUCGUCCUCGACCCGCCGCCGGAAUGGAUUGAUGUGAUUUUUUCCGCCGGGACCGAAGUUUCCAGUUCCGUGUUUUCCGGGGCGACUUUUUUCCCCCCGAAGUGAGCGGCGCGUGGAUGGUUUCAGAGGCGCUCGAGCUGAACUGUACGGUCGGGAAAGUGUAAAGGAAAGGGUCGGGGCCGGAUUUCAACACGAUCUCCCGGUGGCUUUAUUCAUCGUCUUCUUAAUAUUUCUUGCCGUUUGUUGGAAACGAAACAAACAUUUUCGUUUGAGCUGAAAGUGAUGGCGGAGCGGGGAGCGCGCGUGCUCCUCUCUCUCCUCUGCCUCACCUCUGCGUGCUCGCUCGCGCCUGCUGCACGCGCUCUGAAAGGCUCUGUCAAGAGGCACUUUAACCCUUUCUGGUUCUCUGUGGAACCCUCGGAUACGUUAGCUGUGCGGGGAUCCCCUGCGUCACUCAACUGCUCUGUGUCCAGCGAGCUACCUGCGAAGGUGCACUGGAAGAAAGAUGGCGUCCUGCUCAACCCAGACGACCGCAGGCAGGUCCUGCCCGACGGCUCGCUGCUCAUCAGCUCCGUCAUGCACUCCAAACACAACAAACCCGACGAGGGCGUCUACCAGUGCGUGGCUACCAUCGAGAACCUCGGCACCAUCAGCAGCCGCACCGCCAGGCUCGAUGUCGCAGGUACACCUCGAUUCUCUGGACAGCCUGAGACGACGUCGGUGCAUUUCGGGGACAACCAGGUGCUCAGCUGCGAGGUCAACGCCGACUUGGUGAGCUUUAUUCGCUGGGAGCGUGAUAAGCAGCCGGUGCUGUUGGACCAGAGAGUGUAUAUGUUACCCAGCGGUGCUCUGGUCAUCAGCAACGCCACGGAGGUGGACGCAGGGCUUUACCGCUGUGUGCUGGAAAAUGCAGGACCAACCAAGACCAGUGAUGAGGCUGAGCUCCAGAUCCUGCCUGAAACGUCGGAGGUGCGCAGGCUGGAGUUCCUCCUGCAGCCGGGCUCGGUGUCCAGGGUGGUGGGAGACAGCGUGCUGUUCCCCUGCGUGGUGAGCGGAUUCCCUGCAGCCUCGGUUCGCUGGAUGCGAGAUGAUCGAGUCAUCGACGACAGUGACAGUCGCUUUGAGCUGCUCGGCGGGGGAAGUCUACAGAUCUUUAACUUGACCGAAGAGGAUGGUGGGAUGUACAGCUGCCUGGCGGAUAACGCAAACGACUCCGUCGACGCUCGGGCUGAGCUCACGAUACAAGUUCCUCCAAAGUUUCUGAAGACACCAACCAACACUUACGCGCACGAGGCUACGGACAUCGUGUUCGAAUGCGAGGCCACCGGAUCCCCCGCCCCGACCAUCAAAUGGGUAAAAAACGGAGACGCCGUGGUUCCGAGCGACUAUUUCCGAAUCCUGAAAGAGCAGAAUCUGCAGGUUCAGGGCCUGGUGAAGACAGAUGAGGGGUAUUAUCAGUGUCUAGCCGAAAACGAAGUGGGCAACAUACAAGCCAGCGCUCAGCUCGUCAUUCUAGAUCCAGCCACCCCCUCUUCCUCACCCACACUGAUCCGUGCCACUGCUGACCGUGUAACACCAGGCUCAGGAGGCAGCUCCGGCUCCAACCCCGGCCCUGGCGCCGCUCCCGGUCCUGUGCCUUCGCCUCCCCGUGAUGUAGUGGCCUCGCUCGUCUCCACCCGCUUCAUCAAGCUGACCUGGCGCCUGCCGCUCGAGCCACAAGGCGAUGACAUCACUUACUCCGUCUACUUCGGACUGGAGGGCGCCAAAAGAGAGAGGACGGUGAACACCAGCCGUCCAGGAGAAACGCAGGUCACCAUCCAGAACCUCAAGCCAGACACCAAGUACUCCUUUCGAGUGGUGGCGUACAAUAAGCACGGCCGUGGAGAGAGCUCAGCACCUCUGAAGGUCGCCACUCAGCCAGAAGUUCAAGUACCAGGACCUGCUCCUAACUUCCAAGCCGUGGUCCAGACGUCCACUUCAGCCAGCCUGAGCUGGGACAAACCGCUCACCGGCAACGGCGACAUCCAGAAUUAUAAAGUUUAUUACAUGGAGAAAAACCUGGGCAAUGAGAAGGAUGUUGAGGUUAGUGGACUUUCCUACACCAUGACUGGGCUGAAGAAGUUCACAGAGUACAACUUCAGGGUCGUGGCCUACAACAAGCACGGACCCGGCGUCUCCACAGACGACGUGACAGUGAGGACGUAUUCAGAUGUCCCCAGUGCGGCCCCCCAGAACAUGACGGCGGAGGUGCUGAACUCCAAGAGCAUCAUGGUGCGAUGGCAGCCACCUCCGGCCGACGCUCAAAACGGAGAGAUCAUCGACUACAAGAUUCGUUACAAGAAAGGCACGAGGAAGAGCGAACCUUUGGAGAUCACCGCAGGAAAGCAGCUCAGCAAGCUCAUAGACGGUUUGCAGCGUGGCACAGAGUACUCUGUCCGUGUGUCAGCCAUAACCGUGAACGGCUCGGGCCCUGCGACUGACUGGACCACCGUUGAGACCUUCGAGAGCGAUUUGGACGAAUCCCGCGUCCCAGACGUGCCUGGAUCUUUACACGUCCGUCCGCUGGUCAGCAGCAUCGUGGUGAGUUGGUCUCCUCCAGAAAACCAGGACAUCAUGGUUAGAGGUUACAUCAUAGGCUACGGAAUCGGGAACCCUCACAGCCAAACGAUUAAAGUUGACUACAAACAAAGAUAUUACAACAUCGAGAACCUUGAUCCCAGCUCACAGUACGUGAUCACGCUGAAGGCCUACAACAACGUGGGUGAAGGCAUCCCGGUGUACGAGAGUGCCCUCACACGACCCCAGACAGACCCUGUAGACCCUGAUGUUGAUUUGUACGAACUUUUCCAUCCUCCAUACACUCCAGUACCAGACCCCAUUCCCAUGAUGCCUCCUGUUGGCGUUCAGGCUUCGGUUCUGAGCCAUGACACCAUUAAAGUCACGUGGGCCGACAACUCGCUGCCCAAGAACCAGAAAAUCACAGAUGCCCGUUUCUACACAGUGCGCUGGAAGACCAACAUACCAGCAAACACCAAGUUCAAGACGGCCAACACGACAAACCUGAGUCACAUGGUGACUGGUCUAAAGCCCAACACUCUGUACGAGUUCUCCGUCAUGGUCACCAAAGGCAGGAAAACCAGCACAUGGAGUAUGACGGCUCACGGGACGACGUUAGAAGCCACGCCCAGUUCAGCCCCGAAAGACGUGACUGUGGUGAGUAAGGAAGGUCGUCCACGCACCAUCAUAGUCAACUGGCAGCCUCCUUCCGAAGCAAAUGGCAAAAUUACAGGCUACAUUAUCUACUACAGCACCGAUGUCAAUGCCGAGGUACACGACUGGGUGAUUGAGCCGGUGGUGGGGAAUCGACUUACUCACCAAAUCCAGGAGCUGACCCUUGACACAACAUACUACUUUAAAAUCCAGGCUCGCAACUCCAAAGGCAUGGGGCCCAUGUCUGACGCAGUCCAGUUCCGCACUCUUAAAGCUGAAUCAGCUGACAAAAUGGCUAAUGACCAAGCUUCUGGGAUUCCCGGUAAACCAGGCCGACCAGCUACACUAGACCCUGGUAUUGGGAAAUCAGGGAUGCCUGGUAGUGAAAACCACAUCCUGGUGAUCGUCAUCAUUGUGUCUGUGGGAGGCUUCAUCAUCAUCGCGUUGGUGGUGGGAGCCUUACUGUGUUCACGCCGCUCCACCUCCCAGCAGAAAAAGAAACGGGCAGCCUGCAAGUCCAGCAACGGCUCACACAAGUACAAAGGCAACUCUAAAGACCUCAAACCACCUGAUCUUUGGAUCCACCACGAGCGCUUGGAGCUCAAACCCAUCGAUAAGUCACCCGAACCCAAUCCAGUCAUGACAGACACCCCGAUUCCACGUUCCUCCCAGGACAUCACUCCUGUAGACGGCACCAUGGACCCCAACCUCCAGAGACGCAAUUCAUACCGUGGCCAUGAGUCAGAGGACAGCAUGUCUACGCUGGCAGGUCGCCGGGGAAUGAGGCCUAAAAUGAUGAUGCCCUUUGAUGCUCAGCCCCCUCAACCCGUGAUUAGUGCUCACCCCAUCCAUUCCCUUGAUAACCAUCACCACCAUUAUCACCUGGGCAGCCUGGCCUCACCGACACACAACUAUCUGCAACACACGGGCAGCCCGCGACCCCUCGCCUCCUCCAUCUCUUAUCUAGACAGGGCCGAGUCGCCAGAGCCUGUGAGAAACACUCCCACUACGGACUUGCUGCCCGCUUCGGCUCAGCCCUCCUGCUCCAUCGAUCACUCGGAGACGGACAUCAGUUACCACAGCUCAGCAGCUGAGGACGAGCCCAGCUACAACCCCCCGACAGCACACGUACGCCCCACGCACCCGCUCAAGAGCUUCGCUGUGCCCUCUGUUCCUGCCCACGCCUCCCCCUACGAGGGUGUCUCUCUGCCCAGCACGCCCCUGCUCUCUCAGACAGGAGCCCACUCGGUCAAGACCGCCUCCAUCGGGACGCUGGGCAGGACAAGGACGCCCAUGCCAGUAAUCGUGCCCAACGCACCAGACGUACCAGACAGCAGCAGAAUGCUGGAGGAAUGCGAGAGUAAGUACGAGAAGGACGAGCUGUCGGAGGAGAUGGCCCACCUGGAGGGCUUAAUGAAGGAUCUAAACGCCAUCACUACGGCCUGAGCACAAUCUCUACACCCUAAAACACACACACACACAAACACACACAUACACACACUGACACACACACAACUCGCCACGGCAUGGACAAAGUUCUCAGUCCUUUACAGAACCGAAUGAAAGAAAACGAACAUUUUGGCUCGCCUUGCUAACCCUCAGGAAGGAAAUGGCCAUCGGUUAAAGGAGUGAGAAACGUUUUGGGUACUGAUUCCUUCUGGAACCUUUGACUUUUUGUUUUUUUUUUUGCCUCUUCAGAGACGCUGUUUGUUACCUUACGAAUUGAAAAAAAAAGGAAGAUUACAAUAUGCUGGUGUUCGUGCUGGUGCUCAAGGCACAAUUUACAGUGUUUAAUUUGUGCGUUUUUGUAUCUCUCAAUCUUUCUCUCUCCCUCUCUCUCUCUAUAUAUAUAUAUAUAUAUAUAUAUAUACAUAUAUAUAUAAUCUCUCUCUAUCUAUAUAUAUUUCCACCCGUUCCAGUGAGGUGAACGUCGGACGUCUCUUUUAUUUUCCUAAUAAGUCGUUUUUUUAUUACACAUUUUGAUCGAAUGACAGUUCCUUUUUUUGUACGUCAUCUAUCGUGCCAUGUUGUUGUUAUUUUCUAUGUGUUUUGUUUUUUUUUGUAUUAUUAUUAUUAUUAUUUUAUAUACAUAUACGCUUAAAGAUAUGUAUAUAAGGUCAAACUGCCUCAUACUUCUUUUUCAAAUAGCAAUGUUUUCAGAGGAGAGCACGUCAGUCAGCCUUACGGGUUUCCUGUCACUGAGACCCGACCGACGCUCUCCGGAGGUUUCCUCUACAGGCUGGACGGCGCGCCGGACUUUGCGUCUUCGGUACGAACAGGUUUUUCCGAACGGGAGCUCCUUUCAGAAUAUUGCCUUACACUUCUGUCUGCACGGACACUCGUCCUUCGGGGACGAAGCAAAAAUCAUCCACCGCUCGUGUGUCACCUGCCACUGUGAUAUACAGACUUGCUCUUGUAGGGAGCCGUGAGAUCAUGAGCGUGCGCGCUGCUAUAGACUGCGGCUUACGCUAUGUUCACCGUCCGGUGCGUUACAGGUUGUUUUUUUUUUGAUUGAAGCAUUGAUUUUUUUUUAUUGAAGCAUUGAUUUAGAUUCUAAAACUUGGUCACUGAUGUUACACAGUAUAAUGCAGUAUACUCAUUCAAGCUAUCGGUCAGGACGGUUGAAAUUUUCUGAAGUGGUCUGUAGACGCAUACACGGCACCGCGGGAUGUCCAGUCAAACCGUCCCGACGGGGCUCCUCGUGAUCCUUCUUUUAGUUCCUUCCUUUAUUUUUUCCUUCUCAUGUAGCUGUUUUUUUAUAUGAAGAAUCUCAAUGUGAAUGAUAUACGAAACACUUGGCAGUCUGGGAAAACCCGCCGGAUGUCGCCGUGGCUGAAUUCUUAACUAGCAUCCGGAUUUUGUUCUUCCUAAAACACAAGAUGACACUUUUGAUGACACGGUUUUCAUGAAAGCGUCACUGUGGACUCGUUCACUCGUUCUCUUUUACAUUUGCCGGUGAAGAUCAGGAGAAAGAUGCCUAUGAUCUUGUCAUUUUAAUCACAGGAUUACAGACUGAACUCUAAUCUCAUACGCUAAUCUGUUUCCUUCUGUUUAAGCGUUCACAAUGUUACACUGCUGCAGUCUUUAAAUCUGUGAAUGCUGUUAAAUUUCCCUGUAAACCAGAUCCUGAAAUACUACAAGGUUAAGAAGCCUAGCGCAGAUCGAAGCUUCGGCGUAUGGAGGGUUUUCCCAGGCCGCCAUGACAAAUGUUCUCCUGCUGGAAAUCGUUUCCCUUCUUUCCUUUUACCCAAAGAGCAGCAUCACUGCAAUCGUGUCAUUGGCUCCACGUUGAUCACUACAGUGUCAUAUUGUCCAUCUUCUUGAACGUGGGUACGACUGUAAGGACUCGCCGCGUUACAGGAACACGUUCGGCGGUUGGACGAGAUUUGUACUUAUUUGGGAUAAAAUAACAUGUUAGACAGUAAACCUUUUUUGCACUUUUUUCAACAGGUUCUGGGAAAACAAAAGACAAAAAAAAGGCAUUUCUUACAUAUCCUGUGUUUUCAAUAUAAAGUUAUAUUUGUGUAAUGUAGUGUCAUAGCUUAGCAGUAGGCAGCUGGUCUUGUUCAUUUUUAUUUUGUUUUUGUUUGUUUGCAUCUGAGACGGUUUUUGAGCGACAGGUUUUACUGUGUUCCAGAUGAGGAAUUUUAUUGUUGCUUAUUUCUGUAAAGAUCUUUUUGCUGUCUGUAGAAUAAUCUGUGGCUUUUUAAAAAAAACAAAACAAAACAAAAAAACAAGUUCUAAAAUAUGA